AUGCACAACCACAGGACAGCCCACCGCAUCGCCUGUUCCCUUGCAAAAACCAUCAAUAUCACAUCUGCAGCCAUAGCCGCCUUGAAUCAGGAACAGCUGUGCAAAGGCCUUUUUUCCUCAGCUAGGAAGGAUAUUUUGAUCAACGAAACCAAAUCCCUUCUGGAACCUGAGGACGAGCAUGAGUUGGAGAACAGCCUGUCUAUAAAGGUGUUUGCCAUAACCAAUAUGAGCAAAUGCAUGACAGCCCGUCGGAAGCUGGAGGCUCAGUUGACGGAGAACCAUGUGGUGAAGGAGGAAUUGGACCUGCUGGACUCCUCUAAUGCCGUCUACAAGCUCAUUGGUCCCGUGCUGGUGAAGCAGGACACAGAGGAAGCCAAAGCAACUGUGGGAAAGAGGCUGGAGUACAUCACAGGGGAGAUCAAACGCUACGAGGCUCAGAUUCAGGAUUACGAGCGGAAGUCGGAGCAGCAUCGGGAGGCCCUGGGCCGGCUGCAGCAGGAAUUCCAGCGGACCCACGGCAAGGUGUUCGUCAAGACCUGAAAGGGGAGCAUGGAGGGAGGGGUGCGCCGGCUGGCCCCCAGGCCUGCAAUUGGGGCCAUUUGGAUCCCUUCAAAUAAAAUUCUGUUGGACCUUU